GAGUUAGAAAGUCAUGAGUUGAUUUACUUAUCCUCCAUUCCUGAGCACGGCACUGGGCAUCCAUCUCUCCGGCUAUGGCGGAUCGGGAAGGGAGAAUGUUGAAAGAAGAAGUCAAAACCUACGCAUACCUCAUCCUCUACAUCGCCCUCUCCAGCGGUCAAAUCUUCUUCAACAAGUGGGUUUUGUCAUCUAAGGAAAUAAACUUUCCCUAUCCCCUUGGAUUAACUCUACUACACAUGGUCUUCUCCUCUGUACUAUGCUUUGGACUCACCAAAGUUUUCAAGGUUAUGAAAGUUGAGGAAGGGAUGACGAUGGAAAUAUAUGUUACAUCAGUUAUCCCAAUUGGUGCCAUGUUUGCGAUGACUCUUUGGCUGGGAAACACUGCCUACCUGUAUAUCUCUGUUGCAUUUGCGCAAAUGCUCAAGGCAAUUAUGCCAGUGGCUGUUUUCAUUCUUGGAGUAGCAGCAGGACUGGAGGUUAUGAGCUACAGAAUGCUUUUGAUAAUGUUGGUGAUAAGUUUUGGUGUUCUAGUGGCUUCUUAUGGUGAAAUAGAGAUCAACUGGAUUGGAGUCGUUUACCAAAUGGGUGGUGUUGUUGGAGAAGCUUUAAGACUCAUAUUCAUGGAGAUUCUAGUCAAGCGAAAGGGUCUCAAAUUAAACCCUAUAUCUGUCAUGUAUUACGUUAGUCCCUGCAGUGCCAUCUGCCUGUUCAUUCCUUGGAUCUUUCUAGAGAAACCGAAAAUGGAAGCCCAUGGGACAUGGAACUUUCAACCUCUUAUUUUAACACUCAACUCUCUCUGCACAUUUGCACUCAACUUGUCAGUUUUCUUAGUUAUCUCGCACACAAGUGCUCUGACUAUACGUGUUGCUGGAGUUGUCAAGGAUUGGGUUGUUGUCUUACUGUCUGCCCUCUUAUUUGCGGAUACAAAGUUGACAAUCAUUAAUCUUUGUGGUUAUGGCAUUGCCAUUGCUGGUGUAGCUGCAUAUAAUAAUCACAAGUUGAAGAAGGAAGCUUCUCGAGUCAGCUCUAAGGACUUACAACAAGCUGAAGCGGUACCAUUGACUGAAGCCUCACCAUUGACUGAAGCCUCAUCUCCUGAUAGGUAGUUAAAGAGAAUAAAUAAUCUGCCAGGAUUAUUUUGAGCUCCUGCAUUGGCUUAUUUUUGUGCCAGUAUGAAGUUGCCCCAGUGGCUAGAGAGGUGGAAGAGAUCUUUCUAAGAUGUACCAUCAAUUCAUUAUAGCAGAAAACAUUAACAGAGGUACUGUUGAGUCUUGAUCUAUAUUCUGAUCUUUCCCCUUUUGUGUAAAGUUUGUUUUUUUGUUGUAUUCAUGAAUCAGCCAUAUAGAAUCUUCCUGCAAUUCAGCCACAUUUACCCCAUCAGCCAUAUGAUUCGGUCUCCUCUUGCAUGUAAAAGGGAUGUUUAUUUAGGUUCUCAUGUUUCCUAAACGCCAAUCAAAAUGUACCAAACUAACAGUUAUUUAUUAGUAAAAGUUAAAAUGGAGAGCUUCUAAGUUGGAAGACCAAUUUGAACACGA